AUGGCUACACAGCAGGUAAGAAUGCUGAAGUAUAGUACAAAAACAGAAGGUGAUAUAUGGUGAUGUUUUACUUGCCACAUUUCCACAAAAUCCUUUCUAAAAUGUGUAUUAAACAGAUUUGUGCAAUAGAUUAGUUUUUAAAUGACACGUUUUGCUAAUCCUUUGACAACUUCAGUGCUGCAUCAGCUGCCAGUCUGUUCUCAGAACGUCAUGUUAACAGAACAUCACAAGCCUGGCAUGGCAUUAAAUCCACUGCAGCUGACACAUUUAAUUGUGGAAUUAUGUUUGUACCGAUUCAGCCCUUCAAAAUCUUGUUUGGUUUUAGGCAGAAAGUUUACCGACUCCCCUCUACCAUCCUGAUUGCACUGCACUCCAUCAUGCUGUCUCUGCUUAAUCUAGAUCAGGAGUCAGCAGCCUUUUUCAGCUGGGCCGGUCCACCAUGGGGGGGCCAGACUAUAUUUUGGAGGGGGAAAUGAACAAAUUCCUAUGCCCCACAAAUAACCUAGAGAUGCAUUUUAAAUAAAAGCACACAUUCUACUCAUGUAAAAACACCAGGCAGGCCCCACAAAUAACCCAGAGAUGCAUUUUAAAUAAAAGGACACAUUCUACUCAUGUAAAAGCAUGCUGAUUCCCAGACCGUCCGCGGGCUGGAUUUAGAAGGCGAUUGGACUUCAUCCAGCCCCCAGGCUUUAGGUUGCCUACCCCAAUCUAAAUGGCGAUUCAUUCUGCCUCAAACUAUUUUCUUAAGGCUGAAUUUAAAAGGGUGUUGUUGAUACAAUCUCAUAGUACUGUGGUUGUAAGCACUUUCUGUACCACUGGUUGCAUUUGCUGCCAGUUCACUUCAGGGCUUAAUUUAACGUGCCCACACCAGUGUUUAAAUCCCCAAAUACCUGAAGACUGCUUCCUUUCCUAUAGAUCCUAUUGGGUGUUAAGAUAGGAAGAGGGGGCCCUCUUGAUAGUUUCGUUGCGCCAGAAGCUUGGAAUGGUGGUAGCCUGGGAAAGGACAUUCUUUGUGGCAGCCCCUGUUGUGGAACUCCCUUUUUUACACUGGCAUUUGGCACCUGAGAUGUAUAUUUUUAGGACCCACCCCAUUUUUGUGAUUGUAAGUCAUUUUAAACUGUUUUUAAUGUUGUAUUUUAGGUUGUUGUAACCCACCCUGGGACCUUAAGGUGAAUGCAGGAAAAAUUAAAUUAACCACAACAACAAGCACAUUCAUCCCAUAAUUACAGACAUUUGAGGGAAAGGUGCACAUUGAGAACUAACUCCACCCCACCCCCGGCCCAAAAUAUGACUAUCUAGUUGAGAAUAAAUGGAGGCUAAAACUUCAUUCCCAGAGGGGCAAGUGUCAUAAAUAAGUAGUUCAGUUUAAGAACUUGGCAUUAUCAGCCUCCUUACAUGUGUGCAGUUAUACAUUAUUAUACACUAUACAAAGUUUAGCUGGGAAUGAGAAAGUGAUGAUUGAGGGUGCUGAAAAGAAACUUGCUCACAUUUCUGGCUCUGUUUCCAGCACCCAUUCAUGUGUAAGAAGCCUUCUCUUGGUUCACUGCCAGUCAAUAAUGGUUCAAUAAGGAGAUACUAAUGGACAUUUUGUCUCCUCUUUCCACUUCCCUUCCAUGUUCUGCAAUGAUCUGCGUGUCAAUGGUUCCAUUUACCAUCUGCCAGCCCAAUGACACUGAUGUAAGUAAGGAGCUUUGAAGGCCAAGAGAUUUCCCAGAAGCCCCUUCCUGUGUGUGCUUCAUAAAACGUUGAUAGUCAUGUGUCAUUUGUGUGUCAGGAGUUGGGUUGAAUACGUUUAUAUGUAGAGUACCUAAAUUUUGCAGACAAACCAAAGCAAGUUGCCAAGAAGCACUAAAGAGUCUGAGUCAUAUAAUGGGAAAAGUUUGAAGGUUCAGAAAUGGCUUGAUACCUAUGAAGUCAUCAGAGGCUGAUGAGCUUUAACAUAUUUCAUGAAUAAGUACAUUUUAAGCUUUUCCACCCCAGCAGCCCUAGAGCAGCAGCUAGAGUUACAAAGCCUUGAUUCUGAUGCGGUUGAGCUCACGGCCCGAUUCAGUCCUGUGCAACUUCUAAACAACUUUGCAAAUAAGUUCACAAUAGUUACUAGCCUUGUUGCUGCAUCAUCAGGUGAAGUUUGAUCUUUCCAGAGCUAGGGAUUUAGCCUGCUUUCUAAGACAUGGCUUCUAAGAACAGAAUACCAAUCUGUUUCUCCAGAAUGUAUUCCAUCUGAUUGCUGCUUUGUGCCAGUGGAGGCUGGGGCAUAACUAAUCAGCUUAGUUGCCUGUGGAGAGUAGACAUUGCUUCCAGAAGACCAGGUGGAGAAGUUUUUUUUUAACUGCAAAAACAUUUGCCCACCCAACCCCUGCCUCCCUUUAAGGAUGUCAGUCUACACCUAGGAGAACUAUUUUCUUAAUACGGAAAAAAAAAAAGAUUUUUUUCUCUUUGUGAUAGAUAUGACCCUCCAUAUGAUGCAAAGCCAAUCAUAAGCAUUUAAUGGAAUUUCUACAGCCUACCAGCUUAAUUAAUAUGCAGGUGGGCCCUGGAAGGGUAAACAGACUAGUGGGAAUCUGAUUAUCACAAUCAGUUCUUGUCUCCAGGAAAUAUUUGCAUUCCUGUCUGACAGGAUUGUGCAGCUUAAUCAAAGAAUGGGAUUCAGUUGGUGCUGAGUUGAAUCUACAUCUCAAAUUAGCUGUCAGGGUGCCAUAACCUCUUGCUCUAAUGCACAAUGACAAGGCAAUAAAGAAAGUUACAGUCAGGAUGACAGCUUAUUUUAUCCAGUACAAAUCAAGAAAAUGUCUAUAUUUAAUAGAAACAUAUGGCAGAAUCUUUGCCACAGGCACAAUGAACCAGAGCUGACAGGGCUCUUUUCCCCACCUUUAAAUAGUCUGCUAUUUUUUUUUAAGGGGUUGCUACUUCUACCCUCUCCCAGGCUUCUACAAUAGAGCUGCACAACACCUCAAUCUCCAAGCGGUGCGAGGUUCCAGGUGCUUACCCAUGUUUCAUUUUGGAAAUGAGGCACCAUGGUUUCCACAUGGGGGCCACCCAAGGUUUGGGGGACUCCACCUGACCACGCAAACUCAUAACAAUAAAUACUUCUGUGGAUAUUUCACUGUUCCUGGUUUAUAUAGCAAUUCAUAUAAGAAAAUUUCAAUCUAUUUCUUUUUUGCUGUCCCUUCUGUAAAAUUGGGGGACACUGCUCAUUUACUAAUAAAAUAUAUUUUAACUGGGAUUUGGCCUCCUGAUGGAGGAGUAAGCAGCUUUGGGGAGAUAGACACUCCCUUUCCUCUAUGUCUUAAUUGGGUCAAAAGAAAGAAAAUUGAGCUCUCCCAUUAAAUCCCAGUGAUUAUCACUCAAUCAUCUAUGUGUCUUCAUACUUGCUGGUUUGAUUGACAGCAAUAGGGUGCCUUUGGCAGUACUUUUAUUGACAGAUUUUCCCAAUCUGUUCCAUUAACCACAGAGCAGGCAUGUGAUUCCUGGGCUAAUGUGCAUGUUUUAAAAAAUGACUGAUCCACAUUAAGAAGCUCCAUGAUUUCUUCAAUUAUUGUUGUUCUUUAAUAAAAAGACAACAUUUUCAAAAGCUUCUCCCUUGUGCAUCUUAGAUAAUAACAAUCCUCUGUUAAAAAAAAAGAAUAGAAAAGUGAAAAAGACAGAUCUAUUUAUUUAGUGCAGGAAUAUGGAACCUUUUGUAGCUGACAGGCAGAUAUUAUUCCCCCCCACCCUCUGCUGGCCAGAUUUGACAAUUUGGCAGAACCAUCCUCAUGUCAUGCCUGAUGUCACUGUGAUAGCCCCAGUUGUUGGGACUUCAAAGGGCAGCAUAAGCUGAUUGGAAGCCCUUUUUUAAGCAGCCCUGAGCUGCUCUUUAAACGUUCAAAAACUGGGGGUUCAAAGAACAGAGUGGGGCUGCUUGCAAAGGGGCUGUCAAACAGCUCCAUGUUGCACUUUGGUCAUGUGCAUCUAUUCCCAGCAGGGGAUUUUGGGGUAUGCAGCCAAGCUGAGCAGGAUUUAACCCCCUUGAGAUGAGCGCCGCAACCUCAGAGUCAUCCGUGACUGGACCUAAUGGUCCCUUUACCUUUUUAUCCCUGAUGAACAGGAGUUAAAACCUGCUUCUUUGUAUACAGUAUGUGUGCAAAGGAGGUUCAAAGAACAGUGCAGAGCUGCUUGCAAAGGGACUUUCAAACAGCCCCAUGCUGUGCAUUGGUUGCAUGUGGCUCUUCCCAGAAGGGAAAUUGAUUCAUGCAGCCAAACUGAGCAGGAUUUAAUCCCUGCUUAUCAGCUGAUGAGAAAGAGCUAAAACCUGCUGCUUCUGCUGUGCAUACUAUUUGAUAGCAGGGGAACAGCUAACAUAGAAUCAACCCCCCACCCCUGCCCAUCAACUGGAGUAACAUCAGUUGAUUGGCAGAUGGGCAUGGUUUGGGGUGUUUGUUUUUUGAAAAAAUGAUUCAUGUUCCAAAUUUCCUUCACUGGGAGGCCUCGCAGUUUGAAGGUUCCCCACCCCUGAUUUAGGUCCUCUAUAAACAGUGUUUCCGUGCACUGCUCUGGUUUCGCCAGAAGCGGCUUAGUCAUGCUGGCCACAUGACCCAGAAAAUCUGUCUGCAGACAAACGCCAGCUCCCUUGGCCAGUAAAGCGAGAUGAACGCUGCAACCCCAGAGUCGUUCGCGACUGGACUUAGCUGUUAGGGGUCCUUUACCUUUACCUUUUUAUAGACUGCUUAGUAUCCACAGAUCUUGAAGCAGUUUGCAAUACCAAAAAUCCAAAUACAUCUAAAUACAUACAUGGACAAGAAGCCGACUUUCAGAAGAUUCACAUUAAGAAAUACAUAAACAUGCAAUAUCCAUACCCAUAAUAACCAUAAGAUAAAGUAAUAAAAAACUAAUGUGUAGCAUGCUAAAAUCUUCCAACCAACAUAAAACUCACAGUUUACGCAACCCCUCACAACAUAUUCCUCCAGUAAUUUCCAACAACAGAUUGAUCAUCCAACGCAUGGCAGGAAACACACAUGGAAGAAUUGUACUGGACAAAUCAGUAAGCACAGAAUGAAUGAUAAUUAUGAAACCCACAGGCACCAACAAUAUUUUCUUACUACCAUUUAACCCUCCAUGUAUUGUUAGGUUCAGUUCUGUGACACAUGUCAACUUUGGUUCACUUCAGAUCUUCAACUGAAGCAAAUGGACAGUGCCCGAGGACACUAUACAAUGUUCAUAUAUCAUUUGUCAAACUGUUACCAGAAAACCAGAGGCAGCCAACAUUGUCACUGCUUUCUCCAUUGUGUAACAAUCUUUACUAUUACUAUCAAGGGCAUCUGGUUCUGUCAUGUUUACCUACACUGAAAUUUGCUUUGAUGCACCAAAUAGUCAUCAUUCCACACUGAAUACAGCAUAUGAAGCAACAAACAUGUAUCUAACACAUAAGAAGCAAACACCAGGGAGUGGUAUUUGUUCCAAACUCCUAGGCUCAUAUUUCUUGUACAUCUGCAUAUGUAUGUCUCAGUUGGAAACAUUUCAGAAAAGUCAUGGUGAACAAGGCAUGGUGAAGUAGCUUAAUCCAAUUUAAGAUAAAAUACAGCAUAACCACAUUCACAUAAAGAACAACUGCCACUCUAGGAAGCUGAGCUGAAAAGACCACUGGGACACUUCUUUCAUAGGCUUACUUAAAAUGAUCCUUCUUGUGGAGAAAGCUGAAGGGGAUGUAACACACCAGCAUAUGAUGUGCAAAUAUUGCCUGAAUUAGACAUGCCUACUCCUUACUCCUGUAAAAAUACCUAAUGAUGCCCAGGUAAAUGCAGUCUAAAGUGAGACAUUAUUUAACUACUCCUCUUGUAUUCCAGUGCAGUGAUGUGGAUGGUCUGUGUCCCUUGAACUGUCAGAAUGAUGUAAGUUGCUAGUUUUAUUUUUAUUUUUAUUUUAAAUUGUUCAGACCUAUAAUUGAGGAAAUGUAACUUGAGGGUUCUGUGACUCAGGAUCAUUAUUAUUCCCCUGUUGCUUUUUAUUUGCUUGGCUAGUUUUUGUUUUUUACAGAUGGGGGAAAGAGAUGGUUCAUUGCUGAGGGCCAUUCUCUUUGCCUGAGAUCCAAACCAGAUAUGGUAGGGCAACCGUCAGAAAUAAAGUGGGUGGGUCUAUUCCUUGCAAGGGGGAAGAGAGAAAAACUUCCCGUGUUCUAUGCUUUAAGCAGUUUUCUCCUAGUUCAUUUUUGACACCAGACGUGAGCUGGACAAAUUGAGUAAAGCGGAAGAGCGCAGAGAGAUAAGAUGGGCAGGGAGAUCAGAUUUCCACUUUCCUCUACACAUGUUUUACCCAUGUAAAUGAUGGACCUGACCCCCAUGAAGUAGGGAUGUGGAUAAAGUACAGCCUCAUCAUGUCCCGUUUGGUCCCUAGCCAGAAUUUGAACCCAGGUGGCUCUAUAUAUGUAAAUUAUUUACUGACCACUAAUCAGCCUAACCUCUCAGAGCUGUUUAAAAUGUGAGAAAAAGAAAAUGCAUUAGUUUUUAUUGCAUUCUUAGCCCAUCCUUUCCUCAAGAAAUGCAAAGGUGCAUAUGGUUCAUUCUCUUUUAGUCUCCAAGGUAUGUUAGAAUGGGGGUGACGGGACUGGCCCACGAUUACCUAGCAAACUUCCUAGCUAAACAAGGAUCUGAACCUCUUGUUUCCUCAGUUACAGACCAGCACUCAAGGCAAGAAGCCUUAAAAAUACAUCUUUGAAGGUUCUGAUAAGACAAUGUGGCUCUGAAAAAUGGCAUAUGAAAACCUCUUGAGGGUUUUAUGUGGACUGGAAGGACUUGGACUUUCAUAAUAAUUCUGGAAUCCAUUUAGAAAGCUUACAGAAUUGCAGUACCCCAUAUUAUUCCCAAAUAUCAAUUGUGCAUUGAGAGUGUCAUUAAGUUUAAUUAAUUGUUAUGAAAACAUUGUGAGAACCACAGCUAUGACUAAUUAUGAAGAUAAGCAUGUGAAUAUAGUGUUCAUUCAGGCUUAAGCAGUAUGUGGACUGAGAACUCCCAGAAGUGCAAGCUGGAUUUCAAAGGGGCAGAGGAACCUGAGACCAAAUUGCAAACAUGUGUUGGAGUAUGGAGAAAGCUAGAGAGCUCCAGAAAAACAUCUACUUCAUUUCUCUAGCCUGCAGUUGCUUUUUUAAUGAGUUACCAGACUUGUACCUUGCAGUACACCGCUGUGUUUACUUUGCCCCAAAGAUGCUAAAAAGAAUGCUACAGAGUCUAGACAGAACUGCAUCAGCUCUAUGAAGCCAAAUGGAACAGGAUUCUGGGAUAGCCUCGCAUGAGCCCCCAAAUAUGCUUUACUCUUGGGGGGAAACAGUAUGGAGUGUAAGCCUACAAUAGUAGUGCAAAAGUACAACCAGUACUCUGAUAUCAAAUUCAGGAAACUUGUAAGCAAGCACAGAAAUAACAAAACAUCAGAGAGUCUUAGGUGAUGUACACAUUAGCAGCUUAAAACACAGCAAGGACAUUCCCCAGGCACACACCCACACACACUGCAUGUCAAGUCACAUUUGCUGAUUGUUGUACACAGCACAGAGGGGACAGGGAUGUCUUCACCCAACGUGAAGACCUGCCCCUAUAGCACUUCCCCAAGCUCCUAUUCAUGAAACUCAUCUGUGCAUGCGCAAUAGGGGGAGAUUAUUGGGCUGCUUUUAGUUUUUGUUAUGUAUUUUGUGCUUUUUAUAUUGUAAUUGCCCUGAGAUCUAUGGGUAUAUGGCGAUAUGCAAAUUUAAUAAAUAAUAAUAAUAGAUGUCUCAAGUGUACACAGCUCAACUUAAUUGCAAAACGAAUGUGGCAUAAGUUUCCUUUCAGAUUAAUGGCAGUCUAUGGGGAAACACAUCAAACAGUUGUAUUUCUCAGGGAACUACAGGAUUUAUCUGAUUUAUUUAACAAAAUUUAUAUACUGCUUGAUUGUAAAACAAUAAAAUUAAGUUUAGAAAUCUCUAAGUGGUUAGCUUUCUGUUGUGGGUAACAUUGUGUGUACAUGGAUUCAAAAGCCAGUGGUGGGAGCAAACCGGAGCCAGAGUUAACGGUAAUGGCUUACAUAAGACCACUAGAACUGUGGAAGCAGAAUCAUAGCAGCUCACAGGGUAAGGCAGAAGCUUUCAUACUAGGCAAUAUUGUCUUCUCUAUAGCUGAAAUUCCUUCCUCAUUCUUUUUUUCUCUUCAGAAUCUGAACUGCUUUCUCAUUGAUAAUAAUGGAUUUAUACUCGUUUCCAAAGCCUCCAAACAGGUAAGAAGUUUUCUGUGCUUACUUAUAAAGCCUGUUUAUAGAGCUGGGGGGCAGGGAGGAGCAAAUUGGACAAAUCUGCAGAUUUCUUUUGUUAAGGCUUAAGCAAGGGGACUUCAGGCUUUCCCCCAAAAGAGCAGUGAAUACGUGCACUAAUCACUUUUUAGACUUCGUGCAAAUUUGUGAAUCUCCCAAGAUAAUUAUAUUUAUUAACUAUAAUUGCACCCUACCUUUCCAAUAAGGAACUCAGGGUUGAGUUUUAUCUUCUUUUAAACCAGGCCACAUUACCUCAUGGUCAACUUUCUAGAGGCUGCAUGCCAACAUUGGACAGGCCUAGAGGUAAUAGUGGGUGGAGCAAUGAAAGUAACUCUUGCACAAUAGGCUACAUUCCAGCCAGGGCGGGCUUGUCCAUCAGGUGGACAAGCAGCAGAAGGCAGAAGUCCAAGAGGUGGCACCCAUUGCAGGCACCCUGCUCACCCCGCCACCACUUCCAGUGGCAGAGAAGCAGCAGUGGCAGCUUCCAGCGAGAUCUCACCAAAACCUUGUGAGAUCUCAUCAAGAUCUCGUCGGAACCCACUAUCUUCAUGGAUAGUGGGCACUGCUUCAUCCUUACAACAUAAUACCAUAUAGUACGCCUGUACUGUAUUACUAUCCCCAUAGUUUAGAUGAUAAGCUGAGAAAUGGUGACUUGUCUAAGGCCACGUGGUGAGUGCAUGGCUGAGCUAAGAUUUGCAUUUCAUUUUUAUUGACCAUGGCGCCACACACUUCUCUAAACCCCUCUUUGCUAAACAGCCUGAGGACAUAGCAGAGCACCGCCUGCUUAAAGGGCUUGUUUUAUGAUAGUGGCAAUAUUAAGUAUAGGAUUUCAAACUCGUAGUGGGGAUAGAUUAGCUGGACUGAUAAAAAGCUGAGGAAGUUUAUCUAUAGUUUCUGCUUUUUUCUCUCUUUAUCUCCCUGUGCUUGCAGACCAGCAAAUUUUUGGGAGAAGUGGAUGGCUCUGUUAUGACCCAGCUUAUAAGCAUGGGAAUGUUCAAACAGUAAGUAUUACUAUCUCCUCUGUAUUGAUUUCCUUUCAGAUAAGAGCCUGGUUGAAGCAAAAUGCCUUAUCCCCAUUGAGAAUUAUCACAGCUAAGCAUUAAAAAAGAGAAUGAAGACAGUGGGGUGUGGAACAUUGCCUCAGUUGUUAGGACUUGUUCACAUUUGUUAUCCAUAGAAAGAUUCAAGCAUCUCCAGGUACAUACCGUACUCACAUAGGCAAAUGUAAUGUGUGAACUGCAUAAUAAUGGGUGCAGCCAGUACCGAUUCUAUGAUUGCAGCAGCCAAAAAAAGCAUUGCUGCGGUAACAGGAAUCACUCCUGAUUAUAUCCACUGUCACACAGUUUGUGCACAAUGUGAACGAAUGCAAAAUGUUACCUAUUUUCAUUUCCUUGCUUGUGUUCUAAGAAUGCAUGUUGAAACAAACAAAUACACAAAAAUACAGGCACAUAUCCUUUUUUAAAUGCCAGAAGUAACAUUACAUUACUGUGUAGCAAUACAAUUUCUUUUUUUUAAAAUGAUAUUUAUUACUUUCCAACAAUUUGAACAUACAUAGAAAAAGAAAAUAGACAAUACAAUACAAUACAAAAACAAUACCUAACACUAAACUAACAAAAACAAUUUAAACUAAAAAAUAAAACAAAAACAAUUUAAACUAAGAAAACAAAACAAAAACAAUUUAAAACACAUCAAAUAAUUUCAAUCUUUCAUUCACUUAUUUCCAUGACCUCCUCACACCUCCCUUUUUGUAUUCCACUUCUAUUUAGUUGUUUCAGCAAUUCCUUUCCAUCUUCCUCUGCUUUCCAUCCUAUAAUUAUCUUAACACAUUUUAACCUUAUUUUUCCCUUUAAUUCUCUAUUAAUCUAUUUAUACUUAAUUCCUUAUAACAUUUCUACUGAAGCCAUAUAACUUCAUUCCAACAUUUUUCUAACAUUCAUUAAUUUUACAAUAUUUCUGUAAAUAGUCUUUAAACUUUUUCCAAUCUUCUUCCACCGACUCUUCUCCCUGGUCUCGGAUUCUGCCAGUCAUUUCCGCCAAUUCCAUGUACGGUAGUCCAUCAACUUCAUCUGCCAUUCUUCCCGGGUGGGUAAAUCUUGUGUCUUCCAAUACUUCGCGAUGAGUAUUCUUGCUGCUGUUGUAGCAUACAUAAAAAAAGUUCUAUCCUUCUUUGGCACCAAUUGGCCGACCAUGCCCAGGAGGAAGGCCUCUGGUUUCUUCAGAAAGGUAUAUUUAAAUACCUUUUUCAUUUCAUUAUAAAUCAUCUCCCAGAAUGUCUUAAUCCUUGGGCAUGUCCACCAAAGGUGAAAGAAUGUGCCUUCAGUCUUGUUACAUUUCCAACAUUUAUUUUCGGGCAAAUGGUAAAUUUUUGCAAGCUUGACUGGUGUCAUGUACCACCUAUAAAUCAUUUUCAUUAAGUUUUCUCUUAGGGUAUUACAUGCCGUAAAUUUCAUACCUGUGGUCCAUAACUGUUCCCAGUCAGCCAUCAUUAUAUUAUGUCCGACAUCUUGUGCCCAUUUAAUCAUAGCUGAUUUCACCGUUUCAUCCUGGGUGUUCCAUUUCAACAGCAAGUUAUACAUUUUUGACAAAUUCUUGAUUUUGGAAUCUAACAGUUCUGUUUCCAAUUUUGAUUUUUCCACCUGGAAGCCAACUUUUUUGUCCAAAUUAUAUGCCUCCAUUAUUUGAUAAUAAUGGAGCCAAUCUCGCACUUUAUUUUUCAAUUUUUCAAAGCUCUGCAAUUUUAGUCUGUCUCCCUCUUGUUCCAGAAUUUCCCAAUAUUUCGGCCAUUUGGCCUCCAUAUUGACUUUUUUCUGUGCCUUCGCUUCCAUUGGUGACAACCAUCUUGGGGUUUUCUUUUCUAACAAAUCUUUAUAUCUUAUCCAUACAUUAAACAAUGCUUUUCUAACAAUAUGAUUUUUAAACGCUUUAUGUGCUUUUACCUUAUCAUACCACAGAUAUGCAUGCCAGCCAAAUAUGUUGUUAAAACCUUCUAGGUCCAACACAUCAGUGUCUUCAAGUAGCAGCCAUUCUCUCAGCCAACAAAAAGCAGCUGAUUAAUAAUAGAGUUUUAGGUCUGGCAGGGCAAAUCCACCUCUUUCUUUAGCAUCAGUUAAUAUCUUAAAUUUUAUUCGAGGCUUCUUGCCCUGCCAGACAAAUCUGGAAAUAUCUUUCUGCCACUUCUUAAAACAAUCCAUCUUAUCCAAAAUUUGUAAUGUUUGAAACAAGAACAACAUCCUUGGCAGCACAUUCAUUUUUAAUCACUGCAAUUCGGCCUAAUAAUGAUAACUUCAAAUUUGACCAUAUUUCUAAGUCUUUUUUCACUUCAAUCCAACAUUUUUCAUAAUUAUCCUUAAAUAAAUUUACAUUUUUAGCAGUCAUAUUAACCCCUAGAUGUAGCAAUACAAUUUCAUGUGGCUUCAUCUAGGCCGUUUAUGUUCCUGACUUGGAGGCCCAGAACAGCAUGGGAGCCCAGAACCAUGUGAGCAAAGCUAACUGUGUUUGCUAUUCCCAUCCGAUGUUUCCCUGUACAGCAUAGUACAGGUCACAGGCUUUCAAACAUUAUCUGCAGCUCAUUGGUAGAGCACAUGUUUCGUAUGCAAAGGUUCUAGGUUAAACCCCUGGCUUCUCUGGUGAAAACUUAUGUGUAAAACUCUGGAGAGCUGUUGCCAGUCAGUGCAGACAAUGAUGAGCAAAAUGAUCUGACAUGGUGUAAAGGAGUUUCCUAUGUCCAUGUGUUCCGAAGCAGUUCCCAUGUUGCUGAUGUAGCAUACAGAGGGAUGCAGAGUCAGACACAAAUGGCAUAAAGAAAUCUGAGAGCCCAGCCAGAUGUGUCUGGAAGAGCACAAACCUGUCCAGUUUGGACCUGGCCAUGGGGAAGAAAUGCAGCUGUUGGAAUAGUUGCUAUGAUGUUUCUAGUUGUCAGAAGCAGCUUUCAGGACCUUGGCAUGAGUAAAAAUAGCAGCUGAGGUAACUCGAGUAAAUCACAUACAAAGUUUUCAUAGGGUAGGGGCAUAUUGUGACAUCAGUAAGAAGUUUCUUCAUCAGAUACCACAUAGUCAAUCAAACACUGUAUGGGAGUAGAUCUUGUUGUGCUAAUCCAAUGCUAAGCACAAACUAAACUAAAUUAUUAGGAUGAGGAUAUAUGGCUGUUCCCUGUGUGAAGACAGAUCCAGGCUAGAAUUCAUGCAGGACAAAUGAAUGUGUUUGCAGCUAUGUUGAGCAAAGGGCAUGUGACAGAGCACAUGUUUUGCAUGCAGAAAAUCUCAGGUGCAGUUCCUGGCAUGUCCACUAAAAAUCUCGCAUAGUAGACCUGGGCAAAACAACUGCUAGACCUUUGAAAGUCACCUUCAAUCAGAAUUUUAAAAGGUAAAGGACCCCUGGACAGUUAAGUCCAGUCAAAGGCGACUAUGGACUGUGGCGCUCAUCUCGCAUCAGGCCGAAGGAGCCGGCGUUUCCAAGUCAUGUGGCCAGCAUGACUAAACUUCUUCUGGCGCCACAGUGUUCCGUUGCACCACUAUACAAUCAGAGUGCACAGUAGUGGGCUAGGCAGACUGGUGGACUCUUGGGCUAAGCUGGUGUGUUGAACACAUUGGCCCACUUGUCAGUUUUUUAUGGUUUUUUUUUGCAGGGUGAAAAUGUACGAUUACCAAGCCAUGUGUAAAAUGCCCCACCACCACCAUAGUGGUGCACGCCCUCUUCUCAGUGUAAGUAUCUGUAAGCGUUUCUACAUAAUACAUAAAACACGGAAUAAAAUAUAUUAGAGCAGCAUUGGUCCAGUUCUUUAAGUCAUUCUGCUCCAGGGUGAGACCAUCCCAUGCCUCACCAUCGUUGCCAGGCAUGGGGUGCAGCAGAGAGCGGUGUGAGGGCAGAAGUGCCUUUGCUUCCCCUGCUGAUUACACUGAGGGCGGAAUCGUGCUUAUCAUCCUUGUCUUUGCUACAAGCCUGAUUGCUUUUCCUGUGCUCUUAUUUGAGGACUAUGCAAGGACAGAAGAAGAAGCCAAGGCACGUCUUCCCUCAUGUCCUCUUCUCCAUGUACUCUGAUUGUGGGGGCUGGACACAAUUAUGUCACUUAUCUGAUGACGCCAGUGAAGGCAGACUGGGAAGGGGAUUUUAAUUGUUUAUUACAGGACAGGAGAUUUCCUGGUUUUUCACUAAUAUCUUUUUGCUGGUGUCACAACAAAGAUGAUGAUUAAAACCCUUUUGGUGGUCAUUUUUUAAAACAUCCAAGUCCAGAGUGCUGCUAUUCUGUGAGAAGGCACACUCAAGGUUUCACAAAAGAGCUGGACACUACAGGGAAACAGUAGAUUCCCAGUGCCACUUUUUGUCCUUCACCUACAGCCUAUGUGCUCAGAAAAAUGUGGCACUUGCAUAGUGAGAAUAUAUUUCUGAUCCAGCAACCAAUUAGCCGUCUCCAAUUUUCCUUUCCCAAAGUAAGUAAUUUCCACUCUGUUUCACACAUGCAUUUAGCCGGAGUCAGCAGACCAAGCAAAACAAUUCCAAAAUUCAAUGGGGAAAGGCACAGGUAAAAAUUGACCCAUCAUUCUGCAAUUGAUCCUGGGAUCUGUUUCAUGCUACAUGUAUUGACCAAAUAGCAGUACAUGUGUAUUAAUUUGGAAAAGAUGGAAGAUACCAGAGACAAUGCAUUCUAGGGAUGGAAAGUUGCUGAACUUUUCCUUCCUUUUCUUCCCCCCCGCCCCAUCUCAAUUUAUGCCUGCUGCAUCUUUCACCAGUAAUCAAAAUGAACUCUGAAUUAAUCCUGCAUUGGAGCACUCUGGGGCCAAUUUUGGCUAUAUGAAAUUGUUGCUGUCUACUAGUUCUGUGCCAGGAAAGUUUCAGGUUGUGGCACCCUUAAUUGAUCAGAAUAGGAUUUGUUUGUUAGAGUUGGAUUAACUAAGUAGUUGUAUCUGGCAUUACAUAAUUAAAUUUGUAUUAACUAAAUAGGGAAACACUCACUAAUUACAGUUGGACUGUUACUGCAAAUCAAAAGGCUUUUUAUCACCCAUGUUAGCUCUAGUCCUUUAGGAGAUUUAGCCUUGUCCUUUGAAGGAGAGAUGGGUGGAUAUGUGAAAAUGUAGUGCUUUUCCAGCUCUGAGUAAAAACAAUAUAAGCUCACCACAGGUCCUGAACCUGGCGCCUUGAAUAUGGUAGGCAGUGGUUUAGCUUGUCACCAGCAAGUAAAACUAAGAAACCCAGUAAAGGCAAGCCUUUCUUAAACAUCAAAAUGUCAGAAUUGAUCAUAUGGCAAAGCCUAAAGGCUUCUUCAGACAUCUUUUUUAUUGUGCAUCCAGAAUUAUUUCUGCUUCUCAUUGUAUUGGGGUGGUGAUAUGCACAAUACCAUUUACAAUACUGUUUGUGGUAAAAGUUUUGGGAUGGACAUACUUCUUCAUUCCCUGUUGGUGCAUGUCCCAUAGUUUCCUAUUGAAAUUCUGUAACUUUUUAAUAAUACAGUACAAGUGUUCCGGGGUGUCUCGCUUUUGCUGCACUAUAGUGCAAGAGUGCUCAUCCAGAUAGCAGUAAUGUUUGGUAAUGCUGGGGAAGCAUUAGAGAACAAGUAAUAAAGCAGAAUGAUGUGUAGAUGGUCCAGUAUAAACCCACCACUAAUGCAGUAUUACUGUGUCAAUGGCAUAGUACAGAAUAUAGCCCCCCCCCCGAAAACCCCCACCCAUCUGGAGGGGUCCUACUACUUAUUAAAGUUUCCUGGAGAGGCUUGUGUCUGGUUAGAGCAGCAAAAUGCUUGACCUUGGUUCCUGCUAAGAUUCAUCUAGCCCAUCCUUGCUCUUCUGAUCUUGCCACUCCACCUGACAAGCACUUGGCCAAAGGGAUCUUAAAAUGCUGCAGAAAACCCUCCAAAUUCUAAAACCAAAACAUUCAAAUUGAGCUUUUACAAUAAAACUAUGCAAAUGAGGCAUACCGGUACCUAAUUUGGUUGAGUAACUCAUCGUUUCUUUUAAAAUUAUGUUUUGGUACCUUUUUGUCAAAAGACAAGGAUAUCAGUCCAAUAGCUUUCAUCAUUAAUUCAUUCAUCGUUUUAUGAAUCUCACUCUAUCAUGCCUGUUUGUUUAUAUAACUUUAAUGAGGUGCUUUAAGAAAUGUUUUGAAUGUUGCUUUGAGCAUGUACAAAAGCAUGGAAAUUAACUCAUAAAUCAUAUAAAUAAACAAAUUGUAAGGAGAGCUGGAGAUGAGCAGACAUUUAAAAGGGGGGGGGGGGAGUUGGAGUGAUGGUCAUGAGAAGAAACUGGAAAUAUAACAGCUAAAAUCCCAUGUCUUCUCCAGUCCAAUAUCUGGAGGGCCACAGGUUCCCUCUCCCUGCUGUUUGGAAACUAGCUCGCCUGACAGAAUGAAACAAAAAAGUAAUCCCUGGAAAUGUCACCAUUGUUGUUUAUAAGAAGAAAGCACUAAUGGAGAGAACAAAAAAUACAGACUGAACCUUUGACCUUAUUAGGUUUCUACUCAGAUAUAGCUUUGAGUUCAUACAACACUGUAGUUGAGAAUGAUAUUAGAAUUAAGAUAUACAAAUAUACCUCACAUGUCAUAUUCCCACAAAAGAAAAAUAAUACCUUUGCUCCAAAGCAGAGUUGCCUAAAUCCUUCAGAUGAGACUAUCCACAUUUUCAGCAUGAUCAUGAGGAUUAGAAAUCCCCUGAUAUUAAAAUUGUUCUGCAUUGUGUAGCACCUACCAGUUUAUAUGCUAGAGGCCUUAUUGCAUUAGGCACUCCUACUAACAAGGUUUGUGUGGUGUUUUGCUUUUGUGUACAGUUUGAAGUGGAAACACUAUUUUCCACCAUUAGAACAAAAAUGUUUUCUAAAGUUUUAGUCGCACAAGUAGCUUUAGCUCUUUCUUUCUACGAGCUAUUUAGGCUAUUACGGUUGAAGAGAGCCAGUUAAGUAAUUAUGUCUUCAAAGACUCAUGCGAAUUCCCGAUAAGCUUUCCGACCUUUCCAAAGAUGAGGUUCAGAAUUAUUAUUGGUUUGGCUGACUUGUAUGCAUAUUGCUGCCUCUUAGAAUCUGCCUCCUAAUUUGUAGGUUGGCUUCUGGAAUUGUGGGCUCUGUAAAAUACUCCUCUUCUUUGGCUUUCUUCUUUUUCAACAGCCAGUUUAUGCCUUAUUGGGAGCACUAAAGUGGCUGAUAACUGACUUCCUCAUGUGAGUACAAACAUUUUGGAGUUCUGGAGGGAAAUAUCAUUAGAAGUAGAAACUAUAACUGCAAGCUUUAGUACAUUUACAUCAGUGUAUUAAUCAACUAAUGCUUGUGUUCGUUAAUAGGUAUGAGGAAAUUUAAAUUGGUGGGGCUUGAUGUUACUGGCACAAACAUGUUUUAAAAUUCCAGUAUGUGACUAUAAUAGCGAAUAAACAAGAAAAUAUUCAAAACAGUCCUGAAGCAAUUGACAGUCCUAACUUUUAGAAGCAGAAGCUGGGAAAGUUGCAGUCGCUAUAUAGAUAGUCCUGUUAUUCCAAAAUGUAGAAUUGAGAGACAUCAAUGGAUUUCCAGUUCCAUGAAACUUAGGACACACCCGUUUCUACAGGCAGGUUACUUACAUACUACAUUUUAUUCUAAAAUCAAUGGAGAAUGAGUACUUGUUUUUUCUAUGUAGUCCGCACACAAUAUGGACCAUGUAUUGCAUACUUCUGGCCCCUGAAAAGCACUUAUUGAGAAACCAGUUUCAUUCAGAAAAUAAAAGUUCCUUGCAUAUUGAUUCUGCAUUACCCCACAGUGUGCCCAUUUGAAAACAGAUGGUGGUGUGUGCAUGUAUGUGUAUGCACAUAUUUCCAAUGAUGUUGUGAGUGGAGGUAUACCAAAAUCACAAUCACUGCUUCUUCAUUCAUCUGGGACAUAUGCAGGGAGGAAAGGGCAUGGAGGGUUUUCAGAUGUGUACCAAGUAACCACAUCUACCCUUGUGGGCAGCAGGAAAUUAAAUCAAUCUAGAAUCAUAGAAAUGUAGGGUUGAAAGGAACCACGAGGAUCAUCUAGUCCAACCCCCUACAGUGCUGGAAUCUUUUGCCUAACAUGGAGCCUGAUCCCACAACCCUGAGAUUAAGAGUCUCAUGCUCUACUGACUGAGCUAUCCCAGGUGUUGAAAGCAGCAUGUUGAGCAUAAGCAUGAACCAUUCCAGACUGAGAAAAACUGCAUUUUUGUGCAGCAAAUGGGUUAGUGUGUCUGCAGCCACAAACUUGUUUUAAUAGUCAUUCCCUCUCCCUAGGGAACUAUAAUUCUUUGAAAGGUUAGGAGUCAUUUACAGAGUUCCCAGCAAGAUAACUUCCAGAAUUAUUUUGGGGAGACAAUACCAGUAAAUCCAAUACAGAUUUGUGUUGUAAAAAUGUCUUUUGUAGCAAUGAGUACUAAAGCCAGUGCAUCACAAUGGCAUAAUCAGGUAAAAGGGAGAUUUCGGUUCAUAGGAUGGAAGUGUCAGAUGAGUCACAUUAACAGAGACAAAAUUGUGCCACUGGGCCUGUUUAAUAAAACAUCUGGGCCCUAUUUUAGUAAGAGAAUAUCUGCAUGUGAGCCUCCUUCACUUCUGGUUCAAUGCUUUGUAGCACAAAUACAAGAAGCACAGGAAACACACACACACCACAGAAGAUGCUACCAUGUUUCUGCAUCUUUUUCUUGGGUGGAGUCUGCUGCUUGUGCUGACCUUGGAAAUUCUCCAGUUCGAGAUAAAGACUACAUGAAGAAGGAGAAUGGCUUGUGCAUACAAGCCAUGUGAUUUGCAGGCAUCACACACAUGGGAUUAGUGCAUUAGAGCUCUAAGAGGAAAAAUCCUGCCAUCGUAUGAAGCAGAGGCAUUUGUGUCAUGCCUUCAUUCCUGUGGUACCCAAGAGGCUUCCAGCAGCAUUAUCAAGUAGGCAGUUUAAUUAUUUCCACCUUCCAGUUGCAAAAACAUGGGGAACCGAUUUGUACAAAAUCGUAGCAGUACAACAUAUAUAACAGGGCCAGUAAAGGGGUCCAGAGUUCCUGAUUUCAAGUGGAAGUCCAUAAUAUGCAAACCUGCUUAUUAAGGCUGUUAAGCGUGGGAAAGAAGCUGCACUGGGGAGCAGGAACUCUGAUGUCAUAAACAGAAGAAGGCAGGCAUAGGCACUUGCUUGCCCAGCAAUGAUAUAUUUUUCCCUGGGGAAGAGUUUUGUGUGUUAGUGAGCCAAUGUCACUACCAUUAACACUUUUAUGUUCUACUACGCGGAUGUAAAUCAACAAAGUAUCUGUGAGUAUCUACAUGGAUGUAAAUCAAUAAGUAUCAGACUUACCCUUCCCUUCUCAAAUUCUAAUGAACUUGAAUAAUUUGCUCUGUUGAAAACAUAAAGGGGGGACAAUCCUGUUCCUAUUAGGAAAAUAUGUUAAUGGAGUAGACCUAACUUGCCAUCUCUGCCAAGGUGACACAUUGUGGGAGGUGGGGUUUCAGGAAGAAAGGCAGAUUCAUGAGUAUGUUUGAUAUUUUAUUAUUAAUAUAUUUGUUACUAACAACCUCAUACCCAGCAUUGCUCGGAAGUUCUCAUAAACCCAAAAAAUCGGCGUCAUUUUGUGAUCAGUGGCUAACACAGUGCACCUUUGAAAGGUUUGGUUUUCCAUCUUGAUUCAAAAUGAGGCCCAAUUGCAUACAAACAUAGGUUAAAACCUGGCCUUUGAUCAUGCUUAAUUUGGUUAUGAUAUAUUAAGGCGUCCAAAUAUAUAGAGAACAGGCAGCUUUCCAAAAUACAUUGUAGAUACCAUGCUCCCCCUCAUGUAGAACUUGGAAUGGCUGUCAGCACAUUAAAAAAUAAAUAAACACACCCAGCAAAUGGCUAUUAAAAAUAAACUGAACAAAAAUAUAGCCAUGAAAUACUAUUAAACAACAUUUAAAGGUCAGCAGCGCAGUAGAGCUUAACAAACAAGGCUUCCACUGCUAUGUUUUGUAAGCCUGUAACAAUAGAUAAUGUUUUAAGCUGCCAUAUGAAUAAACAGAAAGUGGAAGACAACCAAACAUGCAAUGGGAAGGAUUUGCAUAAAUGGGAAGCCGCCACCAAGAAGGCUUUACUGUGUGUUGUGCCCCCCACCUUAGAAAGUACCGUAUUUUUUGCACCAUAACACUCACUUUUUUCCUCCUAGAAAGUAAGGGGAAAUGUCUGUGCGUGUUAUGGAGGAAAUGCCUACGGGUGGCAUGCCUACGGAUUUUCCUCCUCUAAAAACUACGUGCGUGUUAUGGUCGGGGGUGUGUUAUAGAGCGAAAAAUACGGUACUCAAUGAAGGGACUACCAGCAGCGCCUCCUUGGUAGUGCAGUGGAGAUCAAUGAUUAUACUAGGCAGAGACUGAAGUGUUAGAUUGAAACACCUUUGAACUUGAGACAAGGGCCAUAUUCCAAGAUUCUUCAUAGAGAUUAACUUGCUAGGCACACUCCACAGCUGUCGCUGGGCACUGAAUACCAGUGUCCACCAUCGCGGAGCAGAUGGCUUUCAAGGUGACCGAGUAUAUUUCCCUCCCAACCACAAGGAGCACAGUGUUAAUGACAGCCUUGCCACAGGAAUUGCUAGUAAUUUAUUUUAGGAUUAAGGCACAAUUAACCAUUCUGAAAAGUAAGAAAGGAAGAUUUAAAGUAACUGGCUCAGGUGUGAACUAAAAAGAAACAGCAAGGCAAGCUCUAGGCUGCUCCUACAGACUAAAAGCUCAGAGUAGAGCAAAUCACAGGGACUGUCUGCCUGCGUAACACCUUUGCCCUUCCAGGCUAGCGUAAAAUACAUCUUUCUCUCUCCCCCCCCCCCCGUCUUUUGACAGAUUCUUUCUGGAGUUCAACAUAUCUGGCUUCUGGCACACAGACAAUUUGGCAGAUGGUGAGUAUGUGGGAAUGCAGCCAGCUCACAGCACACAAAUUUUGCAGCCACUGGGCUUGGAUGAAGGAAUCGCACAUACGAAUGCAAUUUAGCACAAUCCAGAGACAUUGUCACCCUGUUGGCACUGAGAAUCUAUUCGCCAGCUUCCAUUUCACCUUUAUUGAGACACCCUGGAAUAUACUGGCAAGGUUUAAUAACACUGUCAACUGUGUCGGCUCAUAUAUGUAGUCUGUGUUGGGGUAUCCCAUGAGGUGGAUGGAAGACUACUAACAACUAUUUGCUGAAGCAGUGGGCCAGUUCUUUCAUCUACAUGCACUUUGCUUGGAACGUGCAGGGAAGGGUGUCAGUGUUAAGACCCCUAAAAGCCUGUGGUACAGUGUCUAAAACAGCAAUGUGGGUAACUUGUGGUCUGUGGAUCACAUGCACUCUGAGCAAGUGUCGCUUUGUCUAUGAGCUCUUAAAAUUAUGAAACUUUAUUCCUUCCAUUCCUGUCCUCCGUUUCUUGGAGAUAAUUUUUGAAACAUAACAGCAAUGUAAGCUAAAAGUAGAAAAACACAGGCAGUCUUUUGUGAAAGAAAGAAAGAAAGAAAGAAAGAAAGAAAGAAAGAAAGAAAGAAAGAACUUUCUAAAUAUAAUUAAUUCUUAAUACGUUUCAUUUAAAAAUAAUAAUAAAUGGCAGAAAUCAUUUCAAAAGCACAAUCUCAUACAGCAAAUGUUACUUAUGGGUUUGGCAACAGUAAUAUGCUGGUUACAUACAUUAUGUUGCUUACACAUAUUUUAACCAGAUAGAAUAGCUGUCUCUCUCUAGUCCAGGGUGUACUUCCAAUAUUGUACUUGUUUCUGAAAGCAUUGCCUGCUCCUAAACAUUUAGGAGUGUGCAGGCCAAAGCUUUCAGUGUCAAAUAUUCUCGUAUUUUUAAGUAAAUCACAUUCACUUCACAUAGGCUUAUGUGAAGGAAAGAAGGAUAUAAGACAAUAAAACAUAUUUCUCAUGAAACAGCAGUUUAGUUAACUGUAAACGCAGGUGAAUUUUAAGGAGUAGUCUCACACUCAUUGUUGCUAUUGUGAACAAUUAUUUCUUCAUUUCACCACCAUGUCAUUCUUCCUCUUUCUUUCUUCAUUUCCCAUUCUUCCUAUUCAUGUGUCUUCACCAUGGAAUUCUACCACCAUCUUGUAAUCAUCAUCAUGGAUUCAUCUGCAUCACAUGUUAUGCCAUGCAACCUAUAUAGCCAAGGCUGUUUUCCAUCAUGGUAAGUAGAAUCAUUAUAGUGCAGCAAAAAGAUCUCCAUUUUCUGGAAACAGGAGAACACCCAAGCAGAUUUGCCCAGAAAACUGGGGGCAAUUCCUUUCCCACUUCACAGCUGUUCAGGAAUUAGCUGCGACUGCCUAGUUGAAAACAGAGAUAUCACUACUUGUUUAAUUAUUGGGCUACCACUCACUUUGUGAUUGGCAUACUUCACUGCAAGUUUCUGCGCUUGCUGGUCCAGCUGUAACCUUGAAUAUAAAGAUGUACAGCAGCUCUAGGGAUGUGCCAAUAUGUGCAAACAACAGCAGCUUGUGCAAAGCAUGUGGGUUCACCCAUAUAAGCCUUGCUGAAAUGAACUAAGGUUGCAUGGCAGCAGUUCUUACUGGGAAAUAGGCAAUGGGUGGAGAAUUCUGUUGUACAUUGCUAAAGUGAAUCUUAUAUUGAUAUUUGCAAAUCUUGCCCUUCAAUAUUAACGAUAUUUUACAACAAGCUUGGUCCAUUAUAAAGGAACAAAUUAGUAUUUGAAAAGUUGCAAGGUUUAUCAGCAUUCCAUCUUCUAUUCUACCCCCCUCCCUCCCCCCCAUUUCAUUCUCAAUACAUUUACACAUUAUACAAAUGCAUAGGCCUUCCUAUGGUGCUUUUAAUCUACAAUCUGAUCUUGCUAUCUGUCAUACUAGGCCAGACCAAUAGGUGCUGCUUCUGGAGUUGGUGCCUGAUGUCUCAAAUAAUGCUUGGUAUCCCAAGGUCUAGAGGUAGAGUAAGAACUUCAAGGAGUUAUUUCCUCUGUUCAAUUGUUCAUGAGUGGUAAUUGAAUCAGGGCAGGCCUAAGUGUUUGCAUGAUAAUUAGCAUGCUACCAGUAAACCCAACAAUAGCAGGAUGAUGAAGAAAGGAGGAAGGGUGGACUAGGGAGGUGCCACUCGUGCAAGAGAAAAGACAUGGUGGUGGUUGCAUCAUGCAGGAAGGGAGAUAACCUUAGUUGAGCCCCAACCAGAGCUCCCAUGUACUAUGGUUGCUCUAAAAGGAUCCAUAAUAAUCAGAGGAUCCAGGUCAAAUAUGGAGCUCAGAAAGAAACAUGAGAGGACAUUCUUGCAUUCUCAGUAGGUACAAAAUGCAAGUAGAGAUAAUUAGCUAGAGGUGGGCAAGAAUCUAUCAGAAAGAAACUUCAGCCUGUUUGCAGAAUUGCAUGAGGACAGGUGGUAAUCACUCAACUGGAAAUCCAGCAAAACUGUAUUAUUCAGACAACUGCAGAUAGUCAGGUUCUGAUGGCUAGAGCAACUUCAAUAAAUAAGUUCAUUCAACUUUCUCAUAAUUUAUUUAUGUUAGAGAAGCAGAUAUGAUUACAGGUUGGCUGAAUAAGCAGCUCUAGCCCUUUAUUCCCCCUCCACCAUUCAGACAAAGGCUGAUAAAUGGCUUGUCUAUAGAAAUAAGAAAUAUGGGAGCUGCCCUUAUGUCAAUAAGAUAUAGCUAACCAAGAUAAAUAUUAAAACUCUUUGCAUCGUUUACACCAUUUGUCAUAAUGAUUAGCUACCAGUAAACCCAACAACAGGGGAUGGGCCAUAGCUCCAUGCUGUAGCACCUGCUUUGCAUGAAGAAGACACCAAGUUCAAUCCUUAUUUCCCAGGUAGGGCUGAAAAUAGCUUCGAGCUGAAACCCUGAGGAGCUGCUGCCAAUUGGUGUAGAUAAUACUGAGCUAGAUAGUCCAGUAACUUCCCAUGUUCCAAUAUGUCACUAAAGCUUCAACAUGUAAGAGCUGGGGCAUGUGAGGGUACUUCCCAGGUCAGCUGAGCACCAGCCUGCCUGUAGUCAGGAGAGAGAAAACCUUCUCUAUGAUAUCCUGGCAAGAGGUAGUAUUUCCUUCCCAAAUUCCAAACAUCAGCAGUUGCUAAAGCUCCUGUGGAGAAGAAGUUGUUAAACUGGUUGCUUGCUCAUGAGUAGCCCAGCCAGUAAUCAGCCAGGAUGGGCUACAGGUAGGUAAGGGUGAACUGCCCUGAGACGGCGGUAUAUAAAUUCAAAUAAAUAAAUAGAUUAGAUAGAUAGAUAGAUAGAUAGAUAGAGGGGCUAAGAGGCUCCAAUCCUCCAGACUCUUGCUGGUGGAUUAUAAGCCUCGGAGGAAUUGGGGAAGUAGGACAGUGGCAUAGGAGUAACUGGUGGAGAGUAAUAUUUGGGGGUUUAGUUAUUUCCCCAUGGGGGCUGAAAGACAGAGAAGGGAGCACAGAUUGCUUCCGAAGGCAGUGGGCGCUGAUCUAUUAGGCCAGUAGGGCACUGCCCUACCAACCGCAACCAGCUCCCAACUGCCUUAUUUCUUACAACCAGUCCAGGGGCUGGCCCUGCCUGCUGGUUUCUUCCUUCUAAGUGCCACUGUUGCCCUUCUAUGGAGGAGGAUUGGGGUUAAACUAGAAUUAGUUCUGCCUAUCAUCACCUCUGGCUCCUCCUACUGUUGGCAUCCAUGCCUUACGGCCUGCCUAUCCCAGUAGACACCAGCCCCCCACUGGGGAGCAGCUGUCCUGUGCACGUGCUGUAACAUCUAGCAAUCUGUGAGAGAGAUUUCAUACAAUUUUACUGUGUUUUAUGUAAACCACUCAGUGGUCUUGUAUAUUUAAUAAUAUAUGACUUAGGAAAGCAGAGAUACAGAAACUCAAGGCCCUUUGCUAUAUCAUAAAAUGGUGCAGAGGUGCCGAUCUCUGGUCACAUGGACGGCUGCUUGGGCUAGAAAAAAAAUAUCUUUGGGCUGCCCUGCUGACAGUGAAAUGCCAGCAAUUUAAAACCUAUCUCUGUUGUUAUUUUUCCGGAUCAAUGUGACUGCAAAUAUCAGGAUGGCAGUGACAUUUUGCUCCCUUUUGCCGAUGCUGCUCAGGUGCUAAUUCAUGCUCAUCUGUGGAAUGAAACUGGGGGAUGAGGGGGGAAGGGAAUGCCCUGCCCCAAAUGUAGCAGUGGCUUCACUGUGUUCUGCGCUGUUGAAGCUGACUGGAUUUGUUCCCUCUCCCCAGGCUCAAUUUAUUGCUGUUAUUGCUCUGUGUCCAAGCAACUGUUUGGGGUAUGAGGAAAUUCACUUCCAAUCCAGUUAAAGUGUGGUUUAACAGAGAGACAAAAGGGAGUUUGAACAGAAUGAAUCUCUGUGGCUCCAAGAGCAAAUGUUAUUUGUGAAUGAAACGCAAUAAGAAGAUGGAAAGCAUGCUGUGGAUCUUCCCUUCCAUACAUGACACUGAUGCAGUUCUACCUUGAGGAGAGGGAGAGUCAAAGUUUGGAUAUGUAAAGUGAGCUGGUUGUGGACAUGUAACUGCACGGCUGUAACUCACAGUUUUGCAUCCUGGAUAGGCCACAUAUUUUCCAUGUUGGGUAAUUUCUAGGUUUUAGUAAGGUGCACUAGAAGAGAAACCUAGAAAAUAUAUUGAGUGCUGAAUAUGGGGUCUAUCUAUACAGAUGCUAAAUCUGGCUCCCCCAAUCAGGAUUGCACUGUGGUUAAGACUCCUGUCCACCUACAUUUUGUCACAUUGUAGACAAGCUGUCUAAUCAGCUGCCUUUAUUAGUUUUUAGGGAGUUGGUGAGUUGAGGGGUUCCAGGUUGGAAUCUUAUCUAGAAGACCUUAGACAAGACAACCAAUUUAGGGCAGAGGGGUAAUGCAAAACAUCAGGGUGACAUAUGCAGGACUGGACAAAUCCUUGCUAUACAGCAUGGAAACUUAAUAAGACCUAGGAAAACAAAUAGGUGUUGUUUACAAUACUCAUUGCACCAUCUGGCAUAAAUUUAUUUCGGUUUUAAUCCCAGUUGAGGGAGGUUGUGUUAAAAUAGCCUGCUGCUUCCUUCAUAGUUGAAAGAUUAGAACAGGGAAUCUGCUGCAUAGCUACGUUGAGGGAAACUUGGUGAACAACAUUACAGGCAAAGAAAAGCAACGGGAGGAAUCAGAUUGUCAGUGAUGGUUUCACUGAAGCAGAGAUUCAGUCACUUGCAAACCCCUCGGGAAGGACAGGUGCCAUUGUGACAAAGCAAUGGGAGCUCUGAUACUCACUUCCCAGCAGUAAGCAACAAGGAAAGGCGAGUCCCAUUCUCUCUCCCUGCUUCACUGGUGCUUGACAGAUGGGCUACACAAGUCUUCAUUUUGUGUGCAAUGGUGUUGCAAGCUUUGUGUCCAGAUUAGAGCACUGCAAUUUUCACAAAAGCUACAGUCACAGAUUUGUGAAAGAGCCAGGAUUGUUAGAGUGUUGGACAAGCUCAACCACCUGCUUGAUUCCAAUUCCAAGAGUUCACAGGUUUUACCUACCUGAGAAGGGAGUUGGGAUGAUAAGAGGAUCCUGAGCUCCUUGAAGGGCAGGGAGAUAAAAAUGGAUAGAUUAAAAACAAACUAGAAAAAGGUGUGUUUUUUGGAUAUUUGUCACUGUCUCGACUCCCAAUGAGUGACACAGACUCUAUACGUGUUUGUGUGACAUUUGCAGUAUCUUUGCGUCUCUGAGUUGUCGUCAUCGCACAAGAGAAUAAAUGCCAGCACAGCUUUUCUCCCUCAGGCCAGUGUGAUGCAAAGGUCCAACAGCAUUUUGAGCAUUUCUCUGUUUGAAGAACAGCAGCCCCACUGUUAGUUUUAUCAAAUGCAAACUUCUGCUGUUAUUGAUGACCAACCAGUUCACCCACUCCCUGACUAUCUGGCAGGUGAUUAUUUUUUUCUCUGUGCAAACAUAUCCAUGCAUUAUCUCAGCUAUCCUCAAAUCUAAACAUCAUACAUUGUCCUUCAAAAUGUCACAAAGACACCUGGUGUUUCUUUAAAAUAAAUAAAUAAUGCACCUAAAUGUUAAAAAUGUUGACAUGCAACACAAUUAAAAUAGUUUUGUAUACUCAGUUAAUAACAUAAAUAUUUUAAACAAUAUUUAUGCUUUCUUAAAUGUUUUGGAUUUCAGCUUUCCAAAAACUUCAAAAGUGAUUAUUAUUUUUUUGUAUAUAUUUCAACAAUUCCAAAGUCUGAAAAUCAGUAGCCCAGGUGUUGUAAAGGUUUGGUGAUCUGUCAUGGAACAACCCCAUUGAAGAAGAUAACAGUGGCGACUUCCGGGGUGGCGCCAUCGGUAAUGGCGGACUCCCUCUGAUCUGGAGGGACCAGCUCCACGCAAAACUGGUCUUUCCCGCUACGGCGAAGCGGGGACCCUUUCAAAAAUCACAGGCGGAUGAAGCCUGUGACCAUGGGACUUGGCGGGCACCUUUAGCGCCCCCCCAACCCGUAAAGGAACCCAUUCACGGGCUCCGGAGCGAAGAGGGGGAAGUGGCACGGUGCUGAGAGUCAACUGCUUCUUCCUUUUUUUUUUUUUUAAUGAUAUUUAUUAAAAGUUUUUAGAAUUACAAAAGACAACAAAGCAGAAAAAGAGAAAGAAAAAACAAAGAAAAAACAAACCACAUCAAACAAUACAAAUUCAAAAAACAAAAAUACACCACAAACACUCAAAAACAAAUCCAUCAUUCUCAAAUCCUCAACUGUCAUUACCUUCUUUCUUUGACCUCCUCCUCCUCCCCUUUUUUGUAUCCUAGUUGUUAAUUGUCGCAGCAAAUCCUUUCCAUAUUUCAUAAUAUUCUGUCAUUACAUUACCUUAAUCUAUUUUAAUCUUAUCUUACUAUAAAGAACCUUAAAGCUUAAAACUUAAAUCUUAUUUUUACCAACUUCUCAUAACCAUAAUAUUCUUACAUAAUUCUUUAAACAUUUUUGCUAAAGCCAAGUAAUUUCGUUCCAACAUUUUUCUAACAUUCAUCAAUUUUAUAAAACAAUCCUAGUAGUAAAAAAAGAAAUAAAAACAAUCCAGUCUUCAUCCAGCGUCCCUUCCUCCUGGUCCCGGGUUUUGUCAGUCCUUAUUAUCCCAUCGAUCUAGCACAUUAACCUGGUAACCUUGUAUCCGAGGCCCUUAAGUCUCUUCCAUGUCCCUUCCGCAGCUCUUCUUCAUAUUUAUAACUGUAUUUUCCUUUGUCUCCUGCUCCUUUCACUCGUGGGAACUCCAGCUUAACAAUGUUUUUGACCCUUCUCGACAAAUCAGCCCCUUUUCCAUAGUCCACACUAAACUCCAUGUGGUAUUUAAGAACAUGUUUCAAAAUCCCUCCAAAAUUAAGACCCCCCCAACCCCAAACAUCUCACGGCCCAUUGCCAGACUUGAAAGGUCCAAACAUCCCUGCAUAGGGGGGUCUAUCCAACCCCCCAUUUCCAAACCAAACCAAACUUUAUCUUUCCAAAUCUGGCUUUUUCCAAGUUCAUUUGUCAAGUCCAAAAGCUCAUGUUCCUGCUGGGCCACAGCUCCCUUCAUCUCUGGCGCCCAAGAUUCAGCAACAUCCUCUUCCCUCAUCUGUUCUGUCAGGGCACACUCCUGAUUUAAUUCCUGGGUGGGCUCCAUAUAAUUUCCCACUGCCUGUUCAAAAUUUCUGAUCGCAUCAGUCAUCAAGUCCGUCUUCUCAUGUAGCUGUUCCAGUAGGGCAUUUGUUUUACAGAAAGCACGCAACAGAGCUUCUGAAUACAUUGUCCUGCAAGGUCAGAAGUCUAUUCCCACGAUUGUAAUCUGUAACAGCUGCAAGCUCCCGGGAGUUGGUUACAGUUUCACAGUCUCCCUCUAGGGGGAAAACUUCUAUUUGUUCUUUCUUUUAAAGACAAGUCUAACAACAAAGUUUCCUUUUUCAGAUAUUUUGUCAAUAUUUAUUCCUUUAAAAUGCGAAGGGGAACAAUGGAAUCAAUGUUUCUCUUCUUAUAGCUAUCUGUCAAAAACGUUUGUCUCUGGUCAAUGAGCUUAAAAAACCUCAGUCCUGACACCCCGCUCCAGGAUCAGGACGGUGGAAAGUUACUUUACUUUACACUCACUUCUGCAGGUUUAAACAGUCCGAAAAAUCCCCCUCUUCUCCUACUUCCGAAGGGGGGUUCAACAAUUUUAAAUGAUGAAAGUUAAUCUUUUACAAGCGAUUUUCUGAGCUCUAGUUUGCCAUGUCUUUGCUUUAAUCUAUCUACAAAGAAACGGAAGGCUGACUUCCUGUUUAGACCUUCCCGUUUCAGUGCCAAAUUGAGGUAAACUUUUAAGUCCAAUUUUCCUUUCUGCUCGCAAGUCCUUAUUUAAAGUCCAAUUGUCCGAAAUUUAAGUACUCACGGGUGAUUAUUUUAGAAGCCAAAUUGUCCCAGGAAAAGGCAGCGCUCUCCGGCAACGGCUGUGCGGCUUCGCUCCAUGGAAGAAGCAGUUGACUCUCAGCACCGCGCCACUUCCCCCUCUUCGCUCCGGAGCCCGUUAGUGGGUUCUUUUGCGGGUUGGGGGGGCGCUAAAGGUGCCCGCCGAGUCCCAUGGUCACAGGCUUCAUCCGCCUGUGAUUUUUGAAAGGGUCCCCGCUUCGCCGUAGCGGAAAAGACCCGUUUCGCGUGGAGCUAGUCCCUCCAGAUCAGAGGGAGUCCGCCAUUGCCGAUGGCGCCACCCCGGAAGUCUCGAGUCAACUGCUUCUUCUGUGGAGCGAAGCCACCCAGAGCCCACCCAGGAAUUAAAUCAGGAGUGUGCUCUGACAGAUCAGAUGAGGGAAGAGGAUGUUGUUGAACUUCGGGCGCCAGAGAUGGAGGGAGCUGUGGCCCAGCAGGAACAUGAGUUGUUGGAUUUGACAAAUGAACUUGGAAAAAGCCAGGCUUGGAGAGAUAGAGUUUUGUUUGGUUUGGAACUGGGGGGUUGGAUAGACCCCCCCUAUGCAGGGAUGUUUUGACUCUCCAAGUCUGGCAAUGGGCCGUGAGAUGUUUGGGGUUGUGGGGGCUCUUAAUUCUGGAGGGAUCUUGAAACAUGUUUUUAAAUACCACAUGGAGUCUAGUGUGGACUAUGGAAAGGGGCUGAUUUGUCGAGAAGGGUCAAAAACAUUGUUAAGCUGGAGUUCCCACGAGUGAAAGGAGCAGGAGACAAAGGAAAAUACAGUUAUAAAUAUGAAGAAGAGCUGCGGAAGGGACAUGGAAGAGACUUAAGGGCCUCGGAUACAAGGUUACCAGGUUAAUGCGCUAGAUUGAUGGGAUAAUAAGGACUGACAAAACCGGGACCAGGAGGAAGGGACGCUGGAUGAAGACUGGAUUGUUUUUAUUUCUUUUUUUUUACUACUAGGAUUGUUUUAUAAAAUUGAUGAAUGUUAGAAAAAUGUUGGAACGAAAUUAUUUGGCUUUAGCAAAAAUGUUAAAAGAAUUAUGUAAGAAUAUGUUAUGGUUAUGAGAAAUUGGUAUAAAUAAGAUCUAAGUUUUAAGUCUUAAGGUCUUUUAUAGUAAGAUAAGGUUAAAAUAGACUAAGGUAAUGUAAUGACAGAAUAUUAUGAAAAAUGGAAAGGAUUUGCUGUGACUAUUAAUAACUAGGAUACAAAAAAAGGGAGGAGGAGGAGGUCAAAGAAAGAAGGUAAUGACAGUCAAGGAUAUGAGAAUAUUGGAUUUGUUUUUAAAUUUUUGUGGCUUAUUUUUGUUUUUUGAUUGUGUUCUGUUACGUGCUUUGUUCUUAUUUUUUUAUUUUGAUUUUUAUCAAUUUGUAUUGCUGGAUUGUGGUUUGUUUUUCUUUUGUUUUUUCUCUUUUUUUUCUUCUCUGUUUUUUCUGUAACUUUAAAACUCUUAAUAAAUAUCAUUUAAAAAAAAGAAGAAGAAGAAGAUAACAGUGGUUACUCAGGCUUUGUUGCUGAUGCCGAAGGGCCCCCGUAACAGUUCAAGCUUCAGGGUCCACAAAAUGUAGAUCUUUCCACUGCAAGUAGUCAGUUCCUAUGUUGGCUAGUGGGAGCUGGGUAGUGGACUUUCUUUCUAGUAAAGCUUCCUUCUUAGGUAUUUAGCUGCAGUUACUAAAGAUUGGUGCUGUACUAGCCCAGCUCAGCCCGCUAUAUUUCACGCAGUCACUGUCGUUAGUAAAAAGUCUUCCUGUUUCCCUCAUAUGAGCCACCUAGUAAUGUCUUGGCCAGCUGGUUUGCUUCUAACCAUGAACUAACUGCAAGUGGUUUCCCACUUGUUUGUGUGUUUUGACUUUCUAGCAGUAAACAGCCUGUCAGACUGAUAGCUACAUAAUCCGACCAUUGGCUGAAGGGUGGCCAUAUUCAUGCUUCUAGGGCAUCCUCAUACACUGAGUCUCCCAUACCACCUAGUGGCUGCCAGUAAUCUUCAUUUUUGGGUCAACAUCUUUCCGCUUCUUUUUUCCACACCUCAUUUGUUUCCUUCACCUGAUUUUCUCACUCAGCCUCUUUUUCCCCAUCUCAGCUCACAAGCACAAGAAGCACGACAUGCUACAGCCAUGUGACACAGAAUACCCAGUGUUUGUAUAUGAACCUGCCAUCAAAGAGACCAAUGGGAUUAUUGAAUGCGGAGACUGUCAGAAGUAAGAAAUGUGCUCUCUUUCUUCCUUUUCUCCUACCUGUGCCUCUCAAUUGUCUCUGGUUAGUCUGAUCUCCAAGCAAACUAACUGUCCCUUGUUAUCCUUGCAAUGCCUCUUAUUUUCCACAAUUUCUUCUGAAUUGCCUGCAACUAUGAACUAUUCCAACCUCAAUUCAAGUGUCCGUUAGUAACAAUAGUAGUGACAAUUGCUUAGGACCCAGGUCCCUCACAGACCACUUCCUUCUGCAUGAACCUGCCAGGUACCAAGGUCUGCCUUGAACACAUUCUUUGCCUAGUGCACGGGUGGGGGACCUCAGACCCAGCUGGGUAUGUUUAGCCUGGGAAAAAGGAGACUGAGAGAAGAGAUGAUAGCCAUCUUCAAAUAUCUAAAGGAAUAUUGGAAGUUGGAGCAAACUUGUUUGCUCUGGAGGGUAGAACCCAAACCAAUGGAUUCAAAUUACAAGAGAUUCCAUCUACCGGUAAAUAUCAGGAAGAACUUUCUGGCAGUAAGAGCUGCUUGACAGUAGAAUGGACUCCUUUGGAAGGUGGUGAACUCUCCUUCCUCAGAGGUUUUUAAACAGAGGACACGGGUGACGCUGUGGUGUAAACUACUGAGCCUUGGGCUUGCCGAUCAGAAGGUUGGUGGUUCGAAUUCCCACGAUGGGGUGAGCUCCCGUUGUUCGGUCCCAGCUACUGCCAACCUAGCAGUUCGAAAGCACGUCAGAGUGCAAGUAGAUAAAUAGGUACCGCUCUGGCAGGAAGGUAAAUGGUGUUUCCGUGCGCUGCUCUGGUUUCGCCAGAAGCGGCUUAGUCAUGCUGGCCACAUGACCCGGAAAAACUAUCUGCAAACAAACGUCGGCUCCCUCGGCCAGUAAAGCGAGAUGAGCGCCACAACCAGCACCUAACUGGACUUAACUGUCAGGGGUCCUUUACCUUUAUCUAGAUGAUCAUCUGCCAUGGAUGCUUUAGCUGAGCUUCCUGCAUUGCAGGGGGUUGGACUAGAUGACCCUUGAGGUCCCUUCCAACUCUACAAUUCUGUGGUUCUGUGAAUUCCCUUUAGAAAGAUAGGCAAAACUGAACAUGAUCAUGUUUUUCUGUUUUUUUCUUUAUAGGUUAGGGCAAUUGCUUCAGUGUAGAACAUUCCUGUUCCAAAUAAUUCAUAUCCAUAAGGGCCCACAGAUAAGUUAAUUCUGUUCAACAUCCAUUUCUUUUCAAGGCAAUCUUCUUUUCACACAAAGCUCUCCAUAGAGUGUUUUCCCAUGUGAGAUUGUCCCUCAUUUAGAGAACUUACAUCACUCAUUCUAAACUGCAUGCAAGGGCUGAGAGGCAUGUUUACCUGUAAGAACUCUACUUUGCCAACAUUAAACAACUCAGUGUGCCUAAACACUGAAUACUGGCACCAGAAUAUCUGAGCAUUUGAUGCUGUUUCCAAAAAACAGACAGACUCAAGUCUGGCUAUAGUGAGUUUGAGAACUGUCAGCCCUGCCUUAGGCAUUAUCUUUUCUCCUCUCUCAUUUAUACUGUCAAGCAGUGGUAUUUUUCUAGAAAAAGAGGUGCCAGAACUCACCAUGAAUUCCUCCCUUGUUCUCUUAUAAUGGCAAGGGUACCCACCUGAGCAGUGCUGAAACUGAGUUCUGGUGAGUUCCAGCUGGAAAAAGCCCUUCUGUCAGGGCAUUGGUUGCAGGUACACCAUACUAGGAGCAAAUUAGAUUUGAAUACUUUGUCUUGUGCAAAUAAGCUCAGCCUUGCUCUUAGCAACACAUGUCUCUCCUGUGUAGCUACUAAUACCAGAUAGUUUCUGAAGCAAUUCCUAUGAUGGUUGGUAUAAGCAUAAUGGUUAAAUCACAUGGGACAAUUUCUUAGCUCAGCAUGAACUCAGCAAGUGAUCUCCAGAAAAUUGUUCUCUCUCUCCCCCUCCCCUCUUGCCCCCUAACUGAUCUAACUUACAUGAUUAUUGUAAGGAAGCUAAGGACUAAUUCAGACAUUAGUAUUUUCAUGUAAUGUUCACAGCUUCUUAUUGCAGUAUCCCACACUUACACCAUUGGGAAUCAUGGUGCUGGGAGUUGGAUGCUUCAUUCACUUGGGUGGUUGAAGCAGGUAGGAAGCUUCCAGAUCAGGGGUUCCUGAAGUGUGGUCUGUGGACCACAAGUGGUUCUCAAGGUGUCUGUGAAUUUGUGGCUGAAGAUGGGAAAUCAUACAUCCUUUGCAUUUAGUUUUGUGUCAGUUUUUAAUUGCAUUGUUAUCACUUUCUUUCUUUUCUUAAUAUUGUAUUUUAUUGUAUUACAAAUUGAAUUAUGUGGAAUUGCAACUGCUACAGCAGGUAGAAAUAUAAUUAAGUGGUUCCCCAAGACCCUCAGCAAAUUUCAAGUGGACUGGGGGGGUGGAGUUUGAGAACUACUGUUCUAGAUGUUGCCACUUCUGUAGGGAGUGUUGCUGAAGGAAAAGCUUAUCACUCAAAUGUAACAUUUGGACCAGCCCUAGGAUUAUGCCCAUGAAGCAUGUAUUCCUAUUCUUAUUCUUAUGCGGCUUUUAAAUGAUUACAUUAACUCAGACAUGGUACCCAGCUGGGUACAGCUGGCAGGAUUCUGUUUGCAGAGAUGGCCAUUUGAAUAAAGCCUCCACAAGCCCACAGGAGGUGAUCUAAGAACUAAAACUCAGGUGCUAAAUAUUAAGAUGGAACUUUUCAGUUUUAGCUAAGUACACACCACUCAUAGUCCCCCAGCAGAGGGCAGUAGAGGACUAUUGGUUUUUCUGGCUGUAGGCAUGCUUAGGGUGCAUUUUCCAUAUUACUUGAACAUGAACACUUUAUGUUGUCAGAAAAUAAUUAAUAGUAACUAUGAAAAUGACACAUAUACAAUAAAUGAGUAUUCAAGCCCGCGGUCCAAAUACUGCACCGUAUUCAUAGCUAGAGAAGGGAGCAGACACAGAAUGUUGUAGCCCCAGUGUCAUGUGAGCAGAGUCUGUCCACAUCACCAGCUGAUCCCUCAGUAUUGGGCCACACAUGGGACUUUAUAGUCAUUCUUUGAAUGUGGCUCCCAUGCAUAGCUGUAUAGGGUUUAAUACGUACACUUUAAUACACAGGUCAGUCCUGUACAUACAUUUACACUGGCUUGAACACACACUCUGAAUCUGCAAUCCUGCUUUGGCACACAUAACUGUGGUGUACUUAAGUCAAUGUGCUUCAAUACAUACAUAAUUAGUUCUUCGGCAGGCCUUCCAUGCAUGAGCACUAUGCUCAUAAUGCAGAGCACAUUGAAGAUGAACACUCAGAAACUUACAACCUCUGAAUUGUGCAUGGAUACACACACACACACACACACACACACACACACACACACUGUAUGUAGAUGCUGCAUUCCCAUCCAGAGUCAAGUAUCAUAUCAAUCCAUUUACACAAGAGCUGCACUACAGUAUUAACAGAUUAGUCCGCAGUACACAAGGAUUUGUCCCUGCUUUAUAACCCACAGCUCAAGUUUCUCAACCAUUCUGCCUCCAAUGCAAUAAAAUUGUAUUUGUGUAAUUGAAAGUGGCAGUCUUCAACUCAGUUCUGAAUAUUCCCUAACAGUAUUCCCAUUUAUUAACUAAAUACAUUUUCCUCUGCCCCCUUCCCAUUUGCUUUAAUUCUUGCUGUUUCCUAUUGCUUGAACCAUGUGCUUGUUUGUGGUGGUGGGAAGGGAAGGGAAGGGCAGUGCUAUUUUUUUUAGAAAAAGAAGUGUUGGAACUCACCUCCCUUGUUAUCUUAGAAUGGCAAUGGCACCUACCUGAGAAGUGCCGGAACUGAGUUCCUGCUGGAAAAAGACACCUCUGGAAGGGGCAAGGGGAGUAUUCUGUAACCUUCUGUUCUGACCAUAGUCUCUUGGGGUGGGGGGAUCUUCUCGCCCUUACAGGAUGUUUGUGGUGCAGCAAAUUACCAACAGCAAUCUCCUGCUCCUGGUUGUGGAUGCUGUAUGUGACUGCAGCAACUUUCCACCUGUCCUACUGCAACCUAAAGAAGUCAAAUAUAUCUUUCUUCUGGUAGAGGUUGUACUGGGUUGUACUUCUUCCCAUGUGGGCACGUGUUUGCUUUUUAUAGUUGCAGGGACUCAUGUUCUGGACCAGAACCAUGACAUAGAUGCACAGGACACCAACAGGCUUCAGGGAGAUUUACAUUGGGGCAGUGGAGUGUAUGUUUGUGGGGGAAAGAGUGGUUAUUUAAAAAACUUGCAAGGAAGAACUUCAUUUAAAGACAUACACAUGAAACUAUGA